AAAAAACAAACAAAGCUCUCCCGAGGAUUUUCCUAUGUGUGAGGUGAGAAGAGAUUUUCCUCAGUUUUACAGGAGGAAGGAGAGACCCAGGGCGGAGAGAUGUUUCAAGUCACUUGUUCUGGGUGAAGGUUUCAAUUCCAAGGGAGGGACUGGAUCACACUGUUCUGACCAGGAGUAAGCCUCCUCCUUCUCAACUCCACAGGAUCCAGUCUCUGCACUGCAGAGUCAGCGCUGAACUGUGAGGCGGGGCCACCUCAUUUCAACUGCCCGGUUCCCACCAGGACCAAGCUGGAGCCCCUCCCUGGUCCCCUUUAAAUUCCCUGCGUGGGUAACUCUUCUCGGAUCUAGACCUUACUCACCUCCUUCCUGUUUCUUGAAGGCCCUUCCCACACUCCCCAGACCGAGCCCCCCCAUCCCUCGCAGGACACCUCCUUUUACUGUAAUCUCCUCGUUGGUUACCUUCCUUAUUUCCUUAUUCCUUCCUGGGGUCCUGGGAAAUGCCAGCACCCCCAUCCACCUUGCCCGGGCUUUUCGCUACUCCCUAAGUAUAGACUGUCAUCUCUCAACACUACCCCCUAGGUGUCCUGUGUCUUCUGGUACAUUCCACCCCACCGCUACUACCGCUCAGCUACAUUCACUCUCUACGUCCUCUACAAAUACCUUUCAUCUGCCACUGCCCACUGAUGCCUUCAUCUCCGUUAUAGACACCCUCCCCCCCGGCUAAUUCGGUGUUACCCUGCUACUCCCCCAUUCAUGCUUGGACAGGGUCUAGAAACGCCUCCUUGACAUAGUUCUUUGUUAAUCCCGCCAUCCCCCAAACUUGCUCCUGUUAUCCUCGCAUCCUUCCUCCCAAUCUUUCCUUCUCAGGCUCUCUCCCUCUGUGCCCAGGCUGGCCCAAACGUCACAGUCAACCUCCCCUUGUUCCCGUGAACUGCCUCCCACCAUGUUCCCCUGAGCCUCCGAGGAGGGGGCUCAGGGGGCCUGAUGGCCUCCCGCCCCCCGCGGCCCCACAGCCCCCGUGGGCCAGGGGAAGCCCCGCGAAAGCCCCAGGGCCCAGGAUGGGCAACGGCACGUGGGAGGGCUGCCACGUGGACUCCCGCGUGGACCACCUCUUCCCGCCCUCCCUCUACAUCUUCGUCAUCGGCGUGGGGCUGCCCACCAACUGCCUGGCCCUGUGGGCCGCCUACCGCCAGGUGCGCCAACGCAACGAGUUGGGGGUGUACUUGAUGAACCUGAGCAUUGCCGAUCUGCUGUACAUCUGCACGCUGCCGCUGUGGGUCGACUACUUCCUGCACCACGACAACUGGAUCCACGGCCCCGGCUCCUGCAAGCUCUUCGGGUUCAUCUUUUACACCAACAUCUACAUCAGCAUCGCCUUCCUGUGCUGCAUCUCGGUGGACCGCUACCUGGCCGUGGCCCACCCGCUGCGGUUCGCCCGCCUGCGCCGCGUCAAGACGGCUGUGGCCGUGAGCUCUGUGGUCUGGGCCACGGAGCUGGGUGCCAACUCAGUGCCCCUGUUCCAUGAUGAGCUCUUCCGUGACCGGUACAACCACACCUUCUGCUUUGAGAAGUUCCCCAUGGAGGGCUGGGUGGCCUGGAUGAACCUCUACCGGGUCUUCGUGGGCUUCCUCUUCCCGUGGGCCCUCAUGCUGCUGUCCUACCGCGGCAUCCUGAGGGCCGUGCGGGGCAGCGUGUCCACCGAGCGCCAGGAGAAGGCCAAGAUCAAGAGGCUGGCCCUCAGCCUCAUCGCCAUCGUGCUGGUCUGCUUCGCACCCUACCACGUGCUCCUGCUCUCUCGCAGCGCCGUCUACCUGGGCCACCCCUGGGACUGCGGCUUUGAGGAACGGGUCUUCUCGGCAUACCACAGCUCCCUGGCCUUCACCAGCCUCAACUGUGUGGCCGACCCCAUCCUCUACUGCCUUGUCAACGAGGGGGCCCGAAAUGACGUGGCCAAGGCCCUGCACAACCUGCUCCGCUUUCUGACCAGUGACAAGCCCCAGGAGAUGGCCAGCGCCUCGCUUACCCUGGACACCCCGCUCACUUCCAAGAGGAACAGCAUGGCCAGGGCUGUGGCAGGCGGCUGGGUGGCAUCUCCGCCCUCCCAGGGGGACCAGGUGCAGCUGAAGAUGCUGCCGCCGCCGGCACCGUGAACCUCAAAUUGCACAUAGUCCUCGCUCCUCCAAUCUGAUCCCACACUCCCUCCCCUCCUGGUCUGGGUGUAUGCAAAUUAUAUGUAAGUAAGUCUGUGUUAAUAUUCAUAUGAAUAGAAGAAUAUAGGAAGACCACCGUGAGAUUGGUGUGUCACCGGUCA